AGAAGAAAUGGCGGGCCCGAGCGUCCUGAAAUGCUCUCGCUGCAACCACCCCUUGUCGUAUUUCCCCAUCUACCAAAACGGCAACAACGAACUGAUCUGCGGCCGUUGUCCCCAGCCCCGAGGAGCGAAUUGUGUCCGAGUGACCUGCUACGAAGUCCUGGCCUUCAAGCAAGAGUUCCCUUGUCGGUUUGCCCCAGAAGGCUGCAAGGAAAACAUCGGCCCGGAAAUUGCGCCACAACAUGAAAGAAACUGUCCUUUUAGGAAAAUCAACAAGUGUCCGACUGCGUUAUUCACGCAAUGUUCCUGGGAAGGCAAAGCCGUCGACUUCACCCUCCACUGCUUCGACGACCACAAGGAACACUUCGCCAGGAAUAAUUCGCUCGAAUUGAGUUUGUUCGAAUCGGGCGAAUAUUACAAAAUCGUGCCGUGCGGCAAGGAGAUUUUCAUCGUGAGGAUUCGAUUCGACGCCCUCCAGAACGUCCUGUUCUCCACGGCGGUUUUCUGCGGACACGAAGCCAAUUCGGGGAAAUUCACCUGCGAGGUGAUCGUCGAAGACGAGGCAAAAACGCUAGAAUUGACUCUCCCGCUGGUCAGAAACUUCGAUUCGGUGCACGACACGAAACUGGAGCUGCAUUCGCUUGAAUUAACUGCGCCCCAUAUUGUUGUUAAAAUCGAAAUUGCCGACAAGUCGCAAGAGAAGAAGAAAUCGCUGCCGAGUGAGCAAGUCUUGGCGUACUUGCGGUGCCCCAUUUGCAAGUGUCUGAUGAGGACGCCCAUGUUGUUCUACCUAGGGGGGCCCACUCUGUGUCGCGAUUGCAACCAAUGUCUCCAAUAUUUCAACGGAAGGAUGAUAAAUGUCCAAAAUUUUGGGCUCCACAAUUUGAUUAAACUGGGGGCCAAUCGAUGCAAGUUCUACGGUUGCGAUUUUGUCGCAAAUGAAGGCGAUAUCGUCGAUCAUGAGAAUAAUUGUUUGUUUAAGGAGAGAAUUGAUGCCUGGGCUUUAAGAAUUCGCACUUUGUUUGGGAGAGCAGUUGGUCCAGAGCGGGUCAUUGCAAAUCGUUUGCUGGAUUUUUAAUAUCUUUAAUUAAUUGUAUUUCUUUCAAUAAAUAUGUUUCUUAACAUUUUGUGUUCUUUUAA